GAAAAGCUUGCACUUACAAGCAAAUGUUAUUUUGCCAAUGUCCCUAUAUCACGAGGCCGCCGCCAUUCUGACAAACCCUGAAGGCGGAAGUCUCAAGUCUCGGGUGUUUGGCGCAAAAAACCUCAAGUCACCCCCCGCUCAAGUCUAUGCCUUGGCGCUGGAGACGUGCAAAUGGAGCGCCAUCCUCAAGGAGGUUGUCGACAGCUCCCAGCUGCUAAGUCAUGAGCGCAAGCUGACGCCCCCACUGGCUCUCCUCCUCGCUCAUGACCUUCUGCUGGCCAAAGGCGGCGUCGCCCUACCGGCCUCGCACGGCCUGCGUGUUACCAUUGAACGCCACAGGGCCCGCCUGUCGUCGGAGCUCACGCGGGCUCGCAUCAGGAGGAAGGCCCCUACGCUGGAAGCCCUCAAGGCCCAGGUCGAAGAGGCGACGUCGUCCGAAGCCGGUCAUCCGCGCUGGGUGCGCGUAAACACACUGAAAUCGUCUCUUGCCGAGCAGCUCGAGACGACUUUUUCUCGCUUUUCAAAGGUCGACUGCGUGCUUGAUGUCAUCACCAAGGCGGGCGGUAGCGGCGGGCCUUCUGCCAACCGCAUCUACCUGGACGAGCACGUGCCAAACCUGGUGGCCAUCUCGCCUGGGUCGGAUAUCACCAAGACAGAGGCGUACAAGUCUGGCGCCAUCAUCCUGCAGGACAAGGCCUCCUGCUUCCCUGCUUACCUGCUGGAUCCGCGACCAGAGGACGGACAUGUAAUUGAUGCGUGCGCUGCCCCUGGAAACAAGACGACGCACGCGGCUGCGGUUCUAGAGGAGUACCGUGCUGCAGCAAACACGAAGGGAUCCGAGGGGUCUCUUCCUACGGUACAUGCCUUCGAAAAGGACUCGAGGCGGGCCGAGAUCUUGGCCAAAAUGGUCAAGAUCGCAGGCUCAGACACUUUCACCGUUGUCAACAAGGGCAAAGACUUCAUGAAGGCAGACCCAAAUAGCACGCUCUACAAAGACGUGGCCGCUCUGCUUCUAGACCCGAGCUGUUCCGGCAGCGGUAUCGUAGGACGCGAUGACGCCCCGGAGUUGCAUCUCCCUGAAGCUUCCGGACCGGCGAACAAGGGUCAGAGCAAGGACGGUGGCAAAGGAGGCAAACGCAAGCGCCAAGAUGAGCAGGAUCGCAAGAGCAAGAAGAAUAAACCCAAUGACCAGGCUGGCGAGCAAGAAGAAGCUGGCCGUACCUUUGUCGACGAUGAGGGCCAGACGACAAUGGCGUCAUCGGCAGCCGACCUCGCCGCGCGCCUGGCCGCGCUGUCGUCCUUCCAGGCGACGCUGCUCGAGCACGCCAUGAAGUUCCCAAGCGCCAAGCGCAUCACCUACUCGACCUGCUCUAUCCACGCCGAGGAGAACGAGGGCGUGGUGCUCAGGACGCUGAAGAGGAAUCCGGGCUGGAGGAUCAUGAAGAGGGAGGAGCAGGUCGACGGCAUGCAGAGGUGGCCCGUCCGGGGAGAGGUGCAAUUUUGCGAGGGAGACAAGGAGGUGGCUGAAGGAUGCAUCAGGGCCUACAAGGGGGAUGGGCAUGGUGUCAUGGGAUUCUUUGUCGCCGCUUUUAUGCGAAACGAAGACGGACAAACCAUGCCGGUACCUACACCACCACAAGUGCCCACGCCAGAUACCCAAAACAGUGUGAUUGAUCAGGAAAAUGAUAGCGACGACAGCGAAUGGGAUGGCUGUAGCGACUAA